AUGUUCUCGUCGACGAGCGGGCCGUUCCAGCGUCAGUACCCGCAAGCUGCCGCGCAGACGCCGUUCCAGCGCCUCAAGCCGGCAUGUGUCGAGCUGCUCUCCCUCGCCGGACGCUCGACGGGGCCUGUGCAGACCCAGCAGGUGGUCGCCUGCCUGCGUCGACUGCAAGCUGCCCUCAAAGCACUCAUCACGAAUAUAGACGAUCGCGCUCUCCGCAAUGGCGAGCCAACCGCAUCUACGUCGAGGCUCAUCGGAUCCGACACGCAGCCCGCCCUCUCACCCGCAUUGGUCAACUACAUCUUCUACCCACUCUCGGAGCUCAUUCGCUCUGCACCCAAGGGCAUCACCAGCCUGCCAGACUCGAUAUGUGAGGCCACCUUGGAGGUGCUUGAGCUCCUGUGCAGCCAGUGGUGGGCGGCAUGGGUCGGCGAGACGGAGAAAUCGGCAGUGGGCAAGGGCUGGCAGGUGUGGUGCGAUCUCGUGAUUCUCGCCAGCUCGGUACUUGGUGCGCCGUCCAGCAAGGACAAGGUCGACGCUGAGGCAAGGUCGGGCGCAAGCGACGAGGUCAAGGUCGCAGCGUUGAGAGUGCUGACGGAACUCCUAUCGCCGCGCUUUCGAGCUCAGCAGGUUACAGGUCCGGAUGCGAACAAGGCAAAAGCAAAGGAGGACGAGUGGGAGUGGGACGGCGUGUCUGAUCUGCCAGACCUGGACGACCAAGAGCCAGCAGCCGGCAGAUCGGCAUCGGCGUCAAAGAAAGUUGCCGUCGGCUCUUCGAAAGGCGAGGCAGUCCUUGUGUAUCCCACAUCAGCACAUCUCUCGUACGCUUCAACAGAGAGAGUCGCAAAAGGUGCCACCAGCUUCGUCCUCUCGUCCUGCUUCGACAUCGCGCAGUCGUCCCAAGAAUGCAUGGAAGCACGGUCAGCGGCCGUCAGCGUGGCGCACAGCGCUCUGCUCCUUUGGAUCGGUGGUGUUUGUCAGGCUCUCUUGGCGCGUACCGAGGCGAACGGAGCUGAAGUCCCGCCCUUGUUCUACAUCGACAUACCCAAGGCUGUAUCGACAAGCUCGAAAUCUGACGAUACACCGCCGCGAGCAAAAGUUGCCAAACGCCUUCGCCCGCUUCUUCCUGGAAUCACUUCUACGCUGACACGUCUAGCUACAAGCCGCAUCAAGUCUACGCCAGGAUCGACGAAGCAGAAACCAACGCCAAGCCCCGUCGCAGCGAAAGCCAUCGAGCUGCUGGGAGAUCUCUUCCGGGUGACGCUGUCGGAUGAAGCUUUGCGAGAUGCAAUUGCCCAUCGAGGACCUCUCCAACGCAACACGCCCGAGACAUCGACAAGGAUGACGACUCUCGAGGGUUUUGCCGCGCUAGACAGCGACGAGGAUGUCGUCUCUGAACCGGCUAACGUACCCUCGGAAGAGAACGUCGAUAAAGACUCGGCCACAAGGAACGACAGUGCAGAGCCAGCAGUGGACAAGGAGGCAAAGUGGGCAAUGUCCACGCUCGCUCAGGUCCAUCUGGCGUUGAAAACAUUCGCUCCGCUUACACAGCCUUCUCUACCAGGCACUUUGUUGCCUUCAUCCGUCCAUCCUUCGGUUCAGAAAGCCCUUCUCCGCUUGACACUGGUGCUCCUGUCGGAAUGCGGUGGCUCUUUCGCUUGGGUUGACGAGCAGCUGGAAGGGAUGGCUCGACUCGAGGCUACCUCCGGCGACAAAGACGGCACGGCUGCUGCUGAAGGCACCGGCCCGUCCAGCGUCAAUCUGUUGCUCGCGUGGACCGUCGAUCUCGCCUCCCAAUACAACUCUGCUUCUGUCUCCCAGAGCGCCAGAGCUACCUUCGAAGCGCUGCAAACGAGAGCAGGGGAGCACGAGCGACUCAACCACUCAUCGACGCUCGUACGCAUGGGGAACGGGACUCUGAUGUGGCAGGUGCUAAGGCAGGCACUGAACAGCCUUCCUCCCGGCAUUGUCGCACACAACGAUGCUAGCGUAUCAAGACUCGCUUUGCGUGUUAGCACUGUUCUGGAACUACUCGUUCGACGGAUUGGCAAGCACGCCAAGGUGGACGCUGGAAGCGGAGGUGCCAGCCUGACAAAGCUGGCGCAUGACAUGCAGGAAGCCUUCGCCCGACUGAUCCGUCCUCUCAAGAUCGACAGGCUGGAACACGUCGAAGAAGUGGCGGAGCUCGGCGUGACGACAUGGCGACUGCAGCCUGUCUUUUCCGGACUCGAAGCGAGUACGUCCACUCAACUGACUCGGAUGUUCUUCACCAUCGGACGAUCGCUCGUCCUGUCUCUCAUCCACGAGAUCAAGGCCGGCCGCAACAACGCCGGUGCCAAGGUCGACUUCAGCGAGGUCUUGUCGUUGGUCACUGUUCUAGUCGACAGAGCGGCUCGAUUGCGUUCCAUGAGAGUCGAGUCUGGAAUUACCGACCAAAGCGCUCUGAUCCAAGGCAUUCAGCGCAGUGAGGAGAGCUUGACGUCGCUCGUGCUUGCCGCAGACGUCUUGCGCGGCGUCAGCAGCUGUCUAGACAAUCUCGAGCUCGGCAUGCAAUUCGUCGACCUAGGCGCAGGAGCAAUGCAGGCGAGCAAGCAGGCCCGAAAAGCGGCGCACAAGCUCGGCAAGAAGAUCUUCAGCCAGGUCAUGGCAAUGCUCGACGGCGACGCGGAAGAGGCGAUCCGGGCGAGGUCCAGCUUGGUCGAAAGCAAGCAAGCCGAUGCAGUGUCCGCACGGUCAGUUGGCGAUGCUGGAACCGAGCCUCCACGUGACGUUGGCCCCGCGGAGGACGGCGCCUCCGAACAGACGCUGGUCGAGCGAGUCAAAGGCUUCUCCCUAGCAUCAGAAGACAUCGAAACGUCGACGCCAGAACGACAUGGGCCAGCCCUCAAUCUUGGCUUCGUUCGCGCAGCCAAUCUAUCAAAGGCGUCAGGCGGCCCGCAAAGUCAAGCGCAGAUCCAGCUCGCAGGGCAGCAUCGAUACCAACAGGCGCAGCGCCGGGUCGACCUAUCGAAUGCUCUACUGUUUGCACUCCUGGGCUCGACGUCAAAGCUGCUCGGCCAGUCCUUCCGUCCCUUGCUUCUGCGAGGGUCGUAUCCGCUGAUCAGCGGAAUGUCCACUUCCGCGUCAGCCUCGUCGGAUCUGGUACGACAAGCGUCUGCCUCGGCGAUGAAGGACAUCGCCUUCCACACGGCCUACGCUGAUGUGAAGAAUUGUUUGCUCGACCAGGCCGACUACAUCCUCGGCUCGGCGUGCCAGAGGCUGAUCAGCGGACUCGACGAGGAGCUCCGAGCCAUCGCACUCGCAGACAGUCAUAUGGCUCCCAACUCGUCGGUUCGAUCUAGCGCGGCUGUGACACGGACGAGUGGCGCCGGUGACGGUACCGAGGGCGCGGCGGUCUUGCUGCCACUGGUUUCGGCACAGCAAGCUCCCUUCGUGCUGGUCGAGAUGAUCCGUGUUCUCGGAUCAGAGAUCAUUCCGAUGGUCGAAGAUGCGAUUGACGAGAUUCUCGACGCUCUUGAUCGCUUCCAUCAGCAUCCCUCCAUCUGCGACGGUCUACUCGCGGUGCUUGAUUCGAUCCUCGAGACCAUGGCGACGGAGCAAGCAUCCAAGCCGUCGGCACCCAAGAAGAUCGAUCAGAUCGCGGCUGUUGCGCUCGAACUACAGAGUGACGAGGUGGAAAUCUUCAAGGCAUGGCUGGCCGCACGCAAAGGCGAGCCGACGGCAUUCGACGAACCGAGCGAAGCCGGUCAAGCCAGCAAAGACGAUCGCGAGGAGAAGGAAGAGAAGCCGUCCAAGAGUCAGCAAGUGGCAUCGCAAAUCCUGACCAAAGCCGCUGUCUUCCUCACGCAUCCCUCUCCGAUCCUGCGGAGUCGCGUCCUCGGUCUUCUGCGUCACGGCAUCGAAACCCUCGCACCUCAGCAACGCACCGCCGAGCUUCUGCCCAUCGUCAAUACCGCCUGGCCGUAUGUCAUGACGCGUCUCGGUCCCGCUUACUCGACUGUCAAAGCCUCCCGAUCGACGCAGUUUUCACCCAUCAUCGAUCUCGAUCCGUCCGCGAUCGGAGCCAAAGCGAGGAGUGGUGACGAUGCGUGGUUUGCCAAGCUGGAGGCGAGCUUCGUCGAGAGAGAUCCUCAAGUCUGGGUGGCGGCAGCAAGGUUUGUCGAAGUGGCAGCGGAGCAUGUGCCCGACUUUGUGGGGAAGAGGGUGGUGGAAGAGGCUUGGCCGAGGUUCGAGCAGCUGCUGACCUUGAUGAGGUGGAAGUUUGAUCCACGGAUGGCGGGGCGUGGCACUGCUCAGUCAUCGUCAGCUGGUGCAGCAGGCAGAGUGACGGGCGAUGUGACGAGCGAAAGCAAAGCUCUGCUCAAAUCGGAAAGCGAGCGAUCCUCGGACAAGCCGAUCACGGACCUGAUUCACACUUCGUCGGCAACGUCCCGAAGCAACUUUGCAACAUCGCAGCGUUCCACCUCGGCAGCACCGCACACCCAUCUCGGCCCGCCAUUCAUCCUUCCGUCGGCAAGCAGCCUGCCGGCUCAGCUCACACUGUGCAUUCUUACCACGCUCACCGUCGUGGUGCGACACGUCGGUGCACGCAUUCCAGACGACGCAGCGUGGAGCAUCACCGGCCAACCCUUCCUUCUGGACUUGCUGGACGCUCGUCAGCCGCCGUCCAUCUUGCGUGCAGUCGAAGCGCUGUACAUUGAGCUAGGGAAGCGCAACCCGGAAGCAACCCGAUGGGCCGUCCAAGCUGCAUUCCCAGCUGCAGCAUUGGCCGCAUCCGUGCUGCAGUCAGCUACGCCGUGCUUCAUGGAUCACUCCCUUACGAAAGUGCACGCAGAAACGGUGCAUCACAUUGUGGCGUCCUUCGCACUCCUGUAG